AUGUCUGCUCCCAACGGCGACGCUCAAUCUUCCUUCGCCGUCAAGGCUGGUCUCGCCCAGAUGCUCAAGGGCGGUGUCAUUAUGGACGUGACCAACGCUGAGCAGGCUCGCAUCGCCGAGGAGGCCGGUGCCUGCGCCGUCAUGGCCCUCGAGCGUGUUCCCGCCGAUAUCCGCAAGGACGGCGGCGUUGCCCGCAUGUCCGACCCCGCCGUCAUCAAGGAGAUCCAGGCCGCCGUUACCAUCCCCGUCAUGGCCAAGGCCCGUAUCGGCCACUUCGUCGAGUGUCAGAUCCUCGAGGCCCUUGGUGUCGACUACAUUGACGAGUCCGAGGUUCUCACCCCUGCCGACAACGAGAGCCACAUUGAGAAGAGCCCCUUCAAGGCUCCUUUCGUCUGCGGCUGCCGCAACUUGGGCGAGGCCCUUCGCCGUAUUGCUGAGGGUGCUGCCAUGAUCCGCACCAAGGGUGAGGCCGGUACUGGCGAUGUUGUCGAGGCUGUCCGCCACGUCAAGACCGUCAACAAGCAGAUUGCUGAGGCCAAGGCUGCUCUUGCUGAGGGUGGCAUUGUCCGCAUCCGCGAGAUGGCCCGUGUCCUUGAGGUCGAUGCUGAGCUCCUACGCCAGACUGCAGAGCUCGGCCGUCUCCCCGUCGUCAACUUCGCCGCCGGUGGUGUUGCCACCCCUGCCGAUGCUGCCCUCAUGAUGCAGCUCGGCUGCGACGGUGUCUUUGUUGGCAGCGGUAUCUUCAAGUCUGGCGACCCUGCUAAGCGCGCCAAGGCUAUUGUCCGUGCCACCACUCACUACAAGGACGCCAAGGUCCUUGCUGAGUGCAGCGAGGGUCUCGGUGAGGCCAUGGUUGGCAUCAACUGUGACAGCAUGAAGCCCGAGGAGAAGCUUGCCACCCGUGGCUGGUAA